AUGACUUUCAAGUGGGCCCUCACAGAGUGUCUUCUGCCCAAAGCACCUCCUCCCACCAGAGUCCAGCCUGGCUGCCGAGACACAAACUCUACAUCCUUGGUCAAUCUACACCCUGUCAGUGCACUGCCCACUGCCAACCUCUUUGGUCACAUUUCUUACUGUUGGCAUUCUUUUUCGGGGUCUGUGAAGUUGGCAGUUUUCUGUGAGGAAUGCUCUACCCCUCUCUCUAUGAUCACUGGAAAGAAAGAAGCAAGGACUAACACCCCGCCUUCUCGCUUCGCAGUUCUUCCCUUAGGCGAUGCCUCCAAGUUUGCCCAGCACGCCCUCCGCACCUUCGACAAGAACGGGGACGGCACUAUCGACUUCCGAGAGUUCAUCUGUGCCCUGUCCACCUCCAGGGGCAGCUUCAAGCAGAAGCUCAACUGGGCCUUCAACAUGUACGACCUGGACGGCGACGGCAAGAUCACACGGGUGGAGAUGCUGAAGAUCAUCGAGGCUAUCUACAAAAUGAUGGGCACUGUGAUCAUGAUGAAAAUGAAUGAGGAUGGUCUCACGCCUGAGCAGCGAGUAGACAAGAUUUUCAGCAAGGUGGAUAAGAACAAAGAUGACCACAUUACUCUGGAUGAAUUCAAAGAGGCGGCAAAGAGCGACCCUUCCAUUUUAUUACUUCUGCAGUGUGACAUUCAGAAAUGAGCUGAUGUCUAUGCCCUGGACUGCACGGAAGUCUCAAUGUUCCAUUCAGUCUGCAGCUACACACACACACACACACACACACACACACACACACACACCAUUUGGACUACCUAUAAAUGGACUUGCUUCUUGUGUUUGAAACACUUGUGUGCAUGAGAAUCUCAUUUGCUAAUGAAUUUUAAAAGCAUAUAUUAUAAAAAAAAUACCGAACAACCUGCCACAAUGUGAUAUGUGUAACAUCAUUUCAUAAAAAUAUUCCUCUUCCAAAGCCUGAGCAGAAAUGUGCUGCAAAGAAUUCUAUGAUUUCUGGUACAUGUUUUGCUAAUGCUUGUGUCUCCUUGAUUACAUAUUAGGAGCACUGAGACCCCCGCGGUAAUGUAACCUAAUUAUGAGCUGUGUCACCAUUCUCCUGUAAAAUAGUACUAGACACACAGAGGGGCCCUUCACUCCUGUGUGUGGCCCCCACACAACUGCUUGUAUUAUCAGUGAAUAUAAAUGUACUAUAUUUGCAUGCCUUUGGGUUUGCCUUAAUUCUUACCUCAUUUGCGUCCUACCAAUCUGGAAAGAGCUGUUUUGGAUGAAUGCAGUACAGAAUUUAAAACUCCUGCUAAAUGAUUCAUGAAGUAUAUCUAUCUAUCUAUA